AUGACCUCUGAGCCCGUAUCCUUCCAGCACAUUCUACACCCUCUUGUCAGCCCUCAUUUCAAGUCACCAUUCAGCAGCAGGCCGUGGAGGAAGCUGGCCCGGCCACCCCCCACCUCCCCCGACACUCGCCCUGGCGAGCGGCCUGACCUGAGUGCCCCCCCCCCCCGGCCCCGGCAAGCGUCUCGGGAGCUGCCGAGCCCCUGCCACAGAACGCCCGGCGCCGACGGCCCGCCCCCACCCCCACCCCCCGAGGGCCCGGAGGGCUGGGGGAGCCUCACGGGCCCCACGUCCCGCAGCCCCCCCACCCUCAUCCCCCGAGGGCCCGGAGGGCUGGGGGAGCCUCAGGGGCCCCACGUCCUGCAGCCGGGCCCCCCACCCCCCGAGGGCCCGGAGGCCUGGGGGAGCCUCAGGGGCCCCACGUCCUGCAGCCGCCCCCCCCCACCCCCCGAGGGCCCGGAGGGCUGGGGGAGCCUCAGGGGCCCCACGUCCUGCAGCCGGGCCCCCCACCCCCCGAGGGCCCGGAGGCCUGGGGGAGCCUCAGGGGCCCCACGUCCCGCAGCCGGGCCCCCCACCCCCACCCCCCGAGGGCCCGGAGGGCUGGGGGAGCCUCAGGGGCCCCACGUCCCGCAGCCCCCCCACCCCCCGAGGGCCCGGAGGGCUGGGGGAGCCUCAGGGGCCCCACGUCCUGCAGCCGGGCCCCCCACCCCCCGAGGGCCCGGAGAGCUGGGGGAGCCUCACGGGCCCCACGUCCCGCAGCCCCCCCACCCCCCGAGGGCCCGGAGGGCUGGGGGAGCCUCAGGGGCCCCACGUCCUGCAGCCGGGCCCCCCACCCCCCGAGGGCCCGGAGGGCUGGGGGAGCCUCACGGGCCCCACGUCCCGCAGCCGGGCCCCCCAUCCCCCGAGGGCCCGGAGGGCUGGGGGAGCCUCACGGGCCCCACGUCCCGCAGCCGGGCCCCCACCCCCCGAGGGCCCGGAGGGCUGGGGGAGCCUCACGGGCCCCACGUCCCGCAGCCGGGCCCCCCACCCCCCGAGGGCCCGGAGGGCUGGGGGAGCCUCAGGGGCCCCACGUCCCGCAGCACCCCCACCCCCCGAGGGCCCGGAGAGCUGGGGGAGCCUCACGGGCCCCCCACCCCCGGAGGGCUGGGGGAGCCUCAGGGGCCCCACGUCCUGCAGCCGCCCCCCCACCCCCCGAGGGCCCGGAGGGCUGGGGGAGCCUCAGGGGCCCCACGUCCCGCAGCCCCCCCACCCCCCGAGGGCCCGGAGAGCUGGGGGAGCCUCACGGGCCCCCCACCCCCGGAGGGCUGGGGGAGCCUCAGGGGCCCCACGUCCUGCAGCCGCCCCCCCACCCCCCGAGGGCCCGGAGGGCUGGGGGAGCCUCACGGGCCCCACGUCCCGCAGCCGGGCCCCCCACCCCCCGAGGGCCCGGAGGGCUGGGGGAGCCUCACGGGCCCCACGUCCCGCAGCCGGGCCCCCUCCGCCCUGCUCCCCACCCGGGGCUAA